AUGCCAACCGCCGCCGCCGCGUUGAGCAUGACGCUCCUCAUCGAUAGGAAGGCGCAGCGCGUGCUGUUCGCGGAGGCGAGCAAGGAAGUCGUCGACUUCCUCUUCUCCCUCCUCGCCCUGCCCGUCGCCACGGCCGUCGAGCUGAUCGGGGAGGAGGGCAUGGUCGGUUGCGUCGGCAACCUCUACGCCAGCGUAGACAAGCUCGACUCCACGUACGUCUUGGCCGGCGCUGCCAAGGACGCUUUCCUCCGCCCCACGGUCGUCUCGCCGGCCACGACCAUCAACAGCUCGCUCCAGCGCCUGCCGGAGCCGUCGUCUGGCCAGCCAAAGACCUUCUACAGAUGUAACAAGUCCGGUCGCAGGUGCUACAAGUCCGUGGAUUGCAGCUGCUACAACUACGUGACGGACGCGAGCGGUACGUAUUGCAUGUGCUGUUUCUAUCUGAUGGAGACGGUAAUGUGGUAUGUCCCGCCCGGCUAUGGCUGCUCCGGUAACAAGGCGGAGAACGCCUCCACCGGAGGAGCGGAAGGGUUCGUCCAGGGCAUCGUGUACACGGUGAUGGACAACCUCACGGUGAGGCCCAUUUCCGCUACCUCCAUCAUCACCCUGCUCAGUACCUUCGCGGUGAGGGACGUCAGCGAUCUCGAGGAGAGGACCGUGCAGCUCGGCUACAACGAGGUCAGUCACUGGAUCUUUCAUCUGCUCACAAUUAUCCUUCGUUUUUAA